UCUGAUGCCCAGCCCAGGCCUGGCUCCAGCGACCAGCACCAAGGAAGUCAGUGGCCUCCUGCGGGCCUGGCGCCGAGGAGGGGACUUCCCCAUCGCUGUGCAGCUGGGAGUGGGAACAGGAAGUGAGGCCAGAGGAGGAGGCGCCACCAGGGUCCAGGGCAGCGGGUGGGGCCUCCCGGAGGCGGCUCCUGGGGACUCCCAGGACGGCAGGUCAGCAGCCGAGGUGGGAGUGAGGAGGGCCCCCAGCCUGGACCAGCCGAGGGACCGGCUCCACCUGUCCCCGAGCACCACCGCCAUGGCCCUGGCCCAGCAGCUGCGGGCGGAGAGUGACUUUGAGCAGCUUCCAGACGACGUGGCCAUCUCAGCCAACAUCGCCGACAUCGAGGAGAAGAGGGGCUUCACCAGCCACUUUGUUUUUGUCAUCGAGGUGAAGACAAAAGGGGGAUCCAAGUACCUUAUCUACCGCCGCUACCGCCAGUUCUAUGCCUUGCAGAGCAAGCUGGAGGAGCGGUUCGGGCCAGAGAGCAAGACCAGUCGGUUCACCUGCAGCCUGCCCACGCUCCCAGGUAGGCUGGCCGCUCCCAGGGUGCUGCCUGCCGAGCCAGGCCCAGCCCCGGGCGAGGCCCAGGGGCGCCUCUCUCUGCCUGUGUGUGUCCCGCUGGGCUCCGGAACCCGGGGUCCUCAGAGCAGGAAGCUUCGCCGUGGCAACAGCAUCCGGAGGUGGCACGCCCCCAGGGCACAGGCCCUGUUUGACUUCACUGGGAACAGCAAACUGGAGCUGAGCUUCAAAGCCGGAGACGUGAUCUUCCUCCUCAGUCGGGUCAACAAAGACUGGCUGGAGGGCACGUCCCAGGGGGCCACGGGCAUCUUCCCGACCUCCUUCGUGAAGAUCCUCAAGGACUUGCCCGAGGAGGACGACCCCACCAACUGGCUGCGCUGCUUCUACUACGAGGACACCGUCAGCACCAUCAAGGACAUUGCCGUGGAGGAGGACCUCAGCAGCACGCCACUGUUCAAAGACCUGCUGGAGCUCAUGAGGCGGGAGUUCCAGAGGGAGGACAUCGCCCUGAACUACCAGGACGCCGAGGGGGACCUCGUCAGGCUGCUGUCGGACGAGGACGUGCGGCUCAUGGUGAAGCAGGCCCAGGGCCUCCCCUCCCAGAAGCGCCUCUUCCCCUGGAAGCUGCACAUCACCCAGAAGGACAACUACGGCGUCUACAGCACAGCGCCCUGAGCCCGCGGCGGCCUGGGGUGAGCACAGGGGGCCUGGCACCUCUGCCUUCCCCUCGGAGGAGAUGAGGGCCCUUGGGAAAGACCCAGAGCACGUCUCGGACCUCCCGGUUCCGAGGCUGGUGGACCAGUGGGGUUGGCUGGGGUCCAUCCUACCCUUAUAUCUGAAUCCAAUAAACCUUCAAAGGCCA